GAGUCAUGUGGAGGAGUAAGAACAUGAAGUGCUAAUGUGCAAGCGAUAUAAACAGCCAAAUUGAACCUCUAAUUGUGGCUAUAUCAUUAAAGAUAGCUGUCUUAUUUGAAAUUAAUCUUCCUUUUUCUGAAUCAAAAUGGCUACGAGUUUCGGAAAAGGAAGGAUGGUAACGGUGUUGAGCAUAGAUGGAGGGGGCGUUAGGGGGAUUAUUCCUGGCACCCUUCUUGCCUUUCUUGAAUCCAAGUUUCAGGAACUUGAUGGAGACGAUGCAAGAAUUGCAGAUUACUUUGACGUGAUAGCAGGAACAAGCACUGGCGGGCUAGUGACCGCCAUGCUUACAGCUCCCAACAAGGACAAUCGCCCUAUGUUUGCAGCAAAGGACAUCAACAGCUUCUACUUAGACCACUGCCCCGAGAUCUUCCCUCAGAACAGGCGCAUAAGCUUCGGGAAGUCAACCAUCAGUCGGUUUGGUAGUUUGAUUGACGCAGUCAGGGGGCCAAAGUACAAUGGGAAGUACUUGCAGUCGUUGACAGUUAAUCUACUAGAUAAAGUUUACCUCAAGCAGACCCUAACAAAUGUUGUCAUACCAACUUUUGACAUCAAGCUCCUUCAGCCAGUAAUCUUUACAACCGAUGAGGCAAAGGUGAAUGUUGCCAAGAAUGCUAGACUAUCAGAUAUCUGCAUCAGUACCUCCGCAGCUCCCACUUAUCUCCCAGCACAUUACUUUGAGACAAAAGAGGCCAAUGGAAAGACUCGCAGUUUUAAUCUCAUUGACGGUGGGGUCGCAGCUAAUAAUCCAACACUAGUGGCCAUGAGCCACAUUUCCAAAGAGAUCUUGAUGGAUAACACCCAGUUCAUUGAGAUGAAACCAAUGGACAGCAAGAGCAUGUUAGUUUUAUCUUUGGGAACCGGUGCACCCAAGCAUGAAGAGAAGUACAGUGCAGCCGAAGCUUCCAGAUGGGGCUUACACAGAUGGGCAUAUAACAAUGGCGCCACACCUUUGCUAGACAUUUUCAGCCAUGCAAGCUCUGAUAUGGUUGAUAUUCAUGUUUCCACCGUCUUCCAGUCACUCGGCUGUGAGAAAAACUACCUCCGCAUUCAGGAUGACACAUUGACAGGUGAAGAAUCAUCUGUAGAUGUUGCAACCACUGAAAAUCUACAAAGGCUUGGAGAGAUUGGGAAGGAGCUGCUAACAAAACCGUUGUCAAGGGUAAACUUAGAGACUGGCAGGCAUGAGCAACUCGAGGGAGAGGGAACCAACCAGGAAGCGCUCACUCAAUUCGCCAAGCUGCUCUCUGAAGAAAGGAAGUUCAGGCAAGUGACUAGGUAAAAGUUGUACCGAGGGAUUUGCUUUUCACUGAUAUAUAAUAUUCGCUCCUUACCAAGAAGAAGGAAUAAAGUUAGCAAUUAAUUAUAGCUUCCUUUUCCUUUGGAAUAUGGAAUUUGUUAUCGUUCUUGUGAUC